AUGUCCUUUUCAUUCUUCAAGGUGUCACGGCCAAAAACACCACAAGAAGUGGUGAAAGCAAUGAAAGAUAGCCUCGUGGCUCUUGACACCAAAACCGUUGUCGAAGUUAAAGCCCUUGAAAAGGCAUUGGAAGAAGUAGAGAAGAAUUUUGUGACAUUGAGAUGUAUGCUCAGUGGAGACGGGGAGGUUGAACCGAAUAUGGAUCAAGUGUCACAAUUAGCACUUGAAGUUUGCAAAGAGGAUGUUCUUGCUCUUAUGAUUCACAAGUUACCUAAUUUGGGAUGGGAAGCGAGAAAGGAUUUAGUCCAUUGUUGGUCCAUCUUGUUGAAGCAACAGGUUGACUCCAGAUAUUGCUCUGUAGAAUACAUAGAGAACCAUUUUGAAUUUCUAGACUUUCUUGUUGUGUGCUAUGAUAACAAGGAAAUUGCCCUGAAUUGUGGACUUAUGCUAAGGGAAUGCAUAAAAUUUCCAACUCUUGCAAAAUAUAUACUAGAGUCUGCAAGCUUUGAGCUGUUCUUCAAAUUUGUGGAAUUGCCUAACUUUGAUGUUGCAUCUGAUGCUUUCUCUACUUUCAAGGAUUUACUGACUAAACAUGGCACUGUGGUUGCUGAGUAUCUGACUGCACAGUAUGAUGAGUUCUUUGAUCAAUAUGAAAAACUCUUGACGUCUCCUAAUUAUGUGACAAGAAGGCAAUCAUUGAAGUAUUAUGUUGAUUUAGCUUCUCUCGGAAUUCCUUUUGGAACCUCCGAACUCUCAUAUAAUGAAGCGCUACAUUCUAGAAGUAAAGUACUUGAAAGUCAUGAUGACUUUGCUGAGGGGAACAUAGACACCGUCUCCAUUUUAGGUUUCACUGCUAUAGCAGAGAGUCCUAGUCGAUGCAAGCAACUUCUACAACGUAUCUUUGUUGCUAAUCCUAACAAGCCACGAGAAGUAAAAGUGAUUUUGGCAAAAAACCAUGAAAAAUUGUUGGAAUUGCUUCAUGAUCUCUCAGCUGGAAAAGGUGCUGAGGAUGAACAGUUUGAAGAGGAAAAGGAAUUGAUCGUCAAGGAAAUUGAUAAACUAUCUCGACUGUCAAAACUUGAUCAUUAG